AAAUUAUAUCGUUACCCCCCUUGAAUAAUAUUCUUUCCGACCCUGUACAAUCGAAUUGGUAUUCUUAUUGUAUGUUUAGGUUUUUUCCUUGUCUAUCAUAUGCAAUUGUGUUAUUUUGACUAGUUUGCAUGGUUGAGUGUCCUUGAAUUAAUAUGUAUGGUCAUCAUCAUUGUUCUCGCAAUUAUUGCAAUAGUUGCUUUUUCAACCGUAUUACAUAAUGCUGCUGUUGGAAUUAUUUUUAGUGUGAUUAUUCUUGUUAUAGCAGCUAUUACAUCUAUUCUAACAGUAUGCGUUUAUUUUUAAUUUCUUUAGUUUCAUUUGAUAUUGCUUUUCUUAGAUAUUGACAGUUAUUUUUUCAUUUAAAUUGGCCAAAUUACUUAAAUUGCAUGAAGCUUAUCAAUUCGUCUAGAAUUAAACACGUACAUACUUCGAGAUGAUCUCUUUAUUAUGACUAAAAUUUUUAUUUGGUUAAUCGAAUGAGUUGUAUUUAUUGAGCUAAAUAUUCUUAAUCAUUUUGAAUAAAAGAAUUGAACAUCAUCAUGAAAGUCAAUCAAAAACGUCAUAAUAAAUAGAAGAAAAUAGAGCACAUGAAAAACCGAAGACUUGUGUAGUUUAAGAGACAAUCUACGAAACGAUCACCCAAGCAGGGUGCCGAAAAAAUUUACUUUUUGAAAUGGCAUAUAUAGUUGAAAAGAGCGCAAAAAGUUAUCCAUAAACCCAAAGUUUUAGAUUUUUCUGACCACGUCUUGGGUGACUUCCGAGAUCUGAGUUUUUCAGCUUUUCGAACGACAUAUUAAAAAAAUUAGCAAUUUUUGACAUUUUUUUUUUCGGAGAUGUUUUCAACUCUAAAAGGUGACCCAAACUACAUAGGGUAGUCAAAAAUUUCUGCAAACUGCUGUCUAAAAUUUCAUCCUAGUUGGUUUUAUUCCUCAUGUUGACCUUUUCUAGUAGUGACAUCUCUUAUGUAUUAAAAUACCAAUACGAAGUUUCACAAAUGUCUAUUAUGGCAAAUUUCCAACGAAUUUUUUAACACCUUGGUUUUCAGAUGGAAAACAGUACAUACGCUCAUAUGUAAAAACUCGUUUGUUAUUAGGUUUAACAGCUACACAAAUUCAUGAUGAAUUAACUACUGCUUAUCGACAUGGUGUAGUUUCAUAUUGUACAGUUACUCGAUGGAUUCAACGAUUUUCAAAUGAGCGAGAAUCCUUGGAAGAUAAUCCUCGAAGUGGUUGUCCAAUAACCACCAAUACUCAACAAAAUAUUGAUGCUGUUAAAGAUCUGGUGAAUGAUGAUCUACAUAUUAGUAUUGAUUAUAUUGCUACCAUCUCAGACAUGUCUAUUACUUGUGCUAUCGUGAUGAAUGUUUAA